AUGUUCGCGACAGACUUACCACUGGACAGAGAGGCGGAAUCCGUUGGAGCGCGGAGGGAACGAAAGACCAAAGAGCGAUCCGUUAGGUCAAAUUCCAUCAACACUUCACGAACGUCCAUCAGUUCGACAAACUCCGGCUCCACCGACCGUGAGCUAUGGUGGUCGUCGGGCCUGAAGAAGGCGAAGAGCAUGAAGCCAAAGAUACUACGGCCAUCGAAUGGAUGGACUGCAAACUCACAAAGAACAGCCAUUACAGUGACAACUGAGGUAGACCUGACCCACACGCACAGUCUUAAGGAUCCUGAGCUGCAACCUGGCUGGACGUACACAGGUUCUCUUUCUGCGACACUUCCAUCCGGAGAUCCUCUGCAUCCGCGUCAAGAUGAAGUACCAGAGCUGGAAGGUGAUAUUUCAUCUCGAAACACAGGUUCCACCAGGUCGCGCAUCUCGCAUGACCGACAGCGCGAGGUGAGAACUCCUACCAUAGUCGAUAACAGCGAUGAUGCAACGCAAGCAAGCCGCAUCAGUCCCAGCUCUUUCGUGACGAGCAGAACUCGUGCCAGCUCUGCGACCCCUGAAAAUGAGUAUGCUAUACCAAUGUCAAUGCCAGAAGCAAAGAGGGUUGACAGUGCAUGGCCACAGCCCAUUGAGACUGAAGCAAGUCUCAAAUUCGAAGCAUUGGAGCUGCAUGAUAGCUUCCAAGAGGAGAAAACACAGGAAGACGCAAGGCAUGUUUCGAAAGUGAACAGUGGUGCGAAUUUGGAAGUCCCCUGCAAGCCUCUCUCGCAAUGGCAGUGUCUCACCCCAAGAGGGGUACCUUCGGAGAUGCAGUUACAGUCGCGUCCGACUCUUAAGAAAGCCGCAGUCGCCCGCAGUACGUCACCGGAGCUUACUCGAUUCCAGCGCUUCAUACGCAGAAUGGAGGGUGCCGGGCCCAAGGUCAUCCUGGACCGACUGAAGGAAGAUUGGCAAUGGAGUACAUGUGGUGGUGUCGACGAGGAGUUGGUCCUUGAGAAACAACUAUGGCUGUUGACGGGUUUCCAAAUGCUGAAUCUGGGUCUGGAACGGACCUUGCCGCAGCCCGAAUGCAACACCGGGAAGAUCCUUGAAUUGUAUGGAAAUCUCUCUGAGGUAUACCAACUGUCGGCUAUGCAUCCGUCCCAAACAGUGCAUUUCCUCACCAUCAAACCCCCCCGUCCUGUUCAGCUACCGGGCAAUGUAUCGUACCUGACGGUACGAAAGCUUGGUGCCGUUCCACUGCCUUACCCAGAAGACUACUUCUCGCAUAUAAGAGCAUCGACGUUGCCAUCACUGGUACCAUCCGCCAGAUUACCAGAACUAUUCAGCGAAUGUCACAAGCUGCUCGCUCCCGGUGGCUUCUUAGAAAUCAGGAUCAUGGACGCCGCCCCUGUACGCAAGACCACCGGCCCGUUAAUGCGAACUUGGAUCGAGGAUAGACUCUCCGUUAACCUAGAGCGAGACUUCAGAUGCUCGAAGCCAUGUUCGUUAGUCCCCAGUUGGCUAACAGCUGCCGGGUUUGAGAUGCUCGUUCAAGAGAACGAUCAGAACAUGAUGCUACCGUGCGCUCUCGAUUCGGAUGCAGCCAACGUAAACGAAGAGCUUUCGAUGAUCAUCGGCCGAGCUUUCUGGAAGGACAUUUGGGGCAGCUUUGUAGACGACGCUCAAGACGAACCGAAGUGGUGGUGGGAAGAUGAAGAGAUUGUUCAAGAAUCGGGACGGCUUCAGACCGAUCUACAUCCGAAUUACGGCCGCUGGAUAGCACCAGGAAACAUGUUCAGUUCACUAGGGACCAAGAUAGCCCUGCGGAAAGCCGGAUUGGGCAACGUCAAGCUCCCGAAAACCGAUGACUUGUUUGGCAAUGGGAACACGAAGAAGGGGAGCACCAGUGGCGCAGAUGGAGGAGAGACAGGCUUCGCCAACCCAUUCGCAAACGUACAAUGGGGUGUACCAAAAGCCCUACAAUCUUGGACGACGCCUCCACCGCCCACGAACCCAGUGCGCAAGCCACCAAAUAUCGGUGAUCGAGCACAAACACAUACGAAGUUGCAAUUCCCAACAUCCGAUGGACGGCCGACUAUACUACUGUUUCUGAGGUUUUGCGGGUGUCCUUUCACAGAGAAACUCUUCCUGGCGCUCCGAACCCUCGCAAACCGCCAUACUUCCAUCCAUUUCGUCGCAAUCUCCCACUGCACACCUGCUGCAACCACAGAAUGGCUUAAGAAACUCGGUGGAGCCUGGAACGUAGACGUGGUAGUAGACCAAAACCGGGAACUAUACGCCCUAUGGGGUUUAGGCAUAGCCACUUGGGGCCAUGUCCUGCAUCCUAGGAAUGGGUACAAUCAGGUCAUGCUCCGGAAGAACGAGGGUGUUUGGGGACAGCAGGUUGGAGAAGGCGCAUGUAGAUGGCAGGUUGGCGGGGCAUAUGCGGUGGAUGGAAGGGGUGUUGUCACAUGGGGCUCACCGAUGCAAUCAGUAGAUGAGGCGAUACCAUUCGAACACGGCGUGAUGUCACUUGGAUAUGGAGAGACGAGGAUAUAA